AUGAUUGAUCUACGAAAAGAUGAAAAUAAUCAUUAUGAAUUUAAAUCAAAUUUUCAAAUUCUUCUACAAUUUCUCUGUUCAAUUAUUCAAUUAAUAUGUAUAUUAACUAUCUUAUGUUUACAAAUAUUUUUAAUCAUAACAAAUCGAUGUUUCUUUCAUAUUGGUUAUGGUUUUUGGUCAGUUCCAUUUUUAAUCAUUGCACCAAUUAGUGUUUGGAUAUUUCUUUGUAAACGAAAUUUAUUUUAUUGUUGUUUAGUUAUUAUUAUUCAUAUGUUUUCAAAUUUAUUUACAACUAUAAUAUUAAUUCUUAAUAUACUUAUAUAUAUUAAACAAAUUGGAAUAUCUUGUUCAAUAUUAAAUGAUUAUUCUGUGUCAUUUAAUAUUUCAAUAAUUAUUCUUUGUAUUUUAUUGAAAAUAUUUUUCUAUGGAGAAAUAUUUUUAGUUUAUAUUGUUGGACAUAAGAAUCAAAAAAUCUCAAUUUUAUUAAGAAAAAAUUUUGAAAUUAUAUUCGAUAAACCAAAUAGAAAAACAUGGAAAUUAUUACAAUUAGAAUUUAAUAGACUUAAUUAUACUGAUGUAUAA